GCCAAAAACCGUACAUAAAUCCAAAUUGAGGGCAUCGGAGCGAUUUUUCGUCUCAAAAAAUUAAUUUUUUAACCGUUAUUUCACUAUUUCAACCGUCAUAUUUGACUUUUUCUCUUGCAAAUGGAUUCUACUUUUCUUUGAACAGUCAAAAAAUCAAUUAUCAAAAGGGUCUGAGUCCAGCUUCGACUCAUACACCAGAUAAAUCCAGUCUCUUACUACUAUAAAACCUCUCCGAACGAAUGAGCGAACGAGCAGGACUAUAAUCUGACCACUGCCAGAAACGGAACACAAAUCCAUAUUGAGCCCUUCUUCUACUCAUACACCAGAUAAAUCCAGACCCCUCCUCCUAUAAAAUAAUCAAAAUCCUCUCUUUUAAAUAACCUCUACUAACAACGACUACAAAACCCCCUAGUUUUCAUAUAAAAAAUACUCGCGCGCAUUCCGAUGUUGAGCUCACAAGGUCUGGUUUUGGCAACAGCCAUGGCUGUCUCUGCAGGCACAAUAAUCGUCUUUGAUCUUCUCAGAGAAAAGUAUUUCCCUUCGACCCAAUUUCCAAGAACUCAUCCUCAGAAACAACUUCUCAAGUCUUGUUUAUCUUCGGGGAGCAAGAAUAGGCAGAAAAAGAAGAAGAAGAAGGUUCAAUUUGCUGGUGAUGUUAAAGAUUCAAUUGGGGAUAGUGAAGUCUACAGGAAAAAACACAGAAAUCAUAGAGAAUUUGUCCGAUCCACUUCCUGUGGAACUGAAAUUCUUGAAUCGCAAGGAAUGCCUGCAAAUCAUGUGGCUUUGUACAGUGGAAUUCUCAAGAAUCGUGUACAGAGAAUGGAGAAUUCAUAUUGAUUGGCUUCUUUUGGCAAGAAAAUUUGUAAAGGAGAUUAGGAGGUGGAAUCUUGGGCUACCGUUCACCAUUGAUUGUAAUUGUUCAGAACUUGGUUAGAAUCUUGUGUUUUGAGUCUUUUGACUUUUGGGGAUUCCGUAUUUUAUGCUUUAUGUGCAGGGUUCCAUCAGAAAUUAUUAAAUUUGCAGUUUUUUGUAUGUAAUCGAAUUAGCUCCAAAUGUUCUCCAUUCAUUUGGCUGAAUUCUUGAAACAUGGUUCGUUUCUCCA